ACUAAACUUAUAUUGUUUCAGUUUUACUGUCGUUUUAAUUUAGUUGGCUGUGUGCAGUGUUAUUGUCAAUUCGUCUUUAUGUUAUCUUCAUUCAAAAGAACAAAGAUGGGCCAAAGAAUGAGCAAUUUGUCAGGCAGAAGCUCGACUUCUCGAUCCAACCGCGAAUCUGGUGAAAGCUCUGAAAAGCAGCGGAGACUUGCUGACAAUGCUCCAAUUGAGUACCCUACAAGAACUGAAUGCCCAAUACCAUAUAAGAUGAGUUUGUUGCUUGACACACCACCGCGAAAAGAAUGCGAUUCUAUGGGUUGGAAUACAGAGGACAAAUCUAUGAACAUAGUGGUGCUUCCCGAAUGCAAUGGACGAGUUUGCAGACGCUUACCCGUUGCUCAAAGCACAGACUGCAUCAGAGGAAAUAAGGGCUUCAGUACUGGGAUCCAUAUGUGGGAAAUUGAAUGGGAAGUUAAGCAGAGAGGAACUCAUGCAAUGAUCGGUGUGGCAACUGCUGAAGCUCCACUUCAUUGUCCUGGUUAUCGUUCUCUUAUCGGAAGCAAUAAAGAGUCAUGGGGCUGGGAUUUAGGAAGAUCAAAACUUCUUCAUGAUUGCGUCCGACUCCCUCCUCGAACGUAUCCAAAGUUUUCAAACACAUCAGUAGCAGAAGACAUACUCUGUUUGACAGAUUGUAUCAAAGUAAUUCUAGACAUGGAUGCCGGAACUUUAUCGUUCAUGGCUGAUAACAUCUUCCUCGGCGUGGCCUUCGAAGGGCUACAAGGUCGAACAAUUUAUCCAAUUAUCAGUGCUGUCUGGGGCCAUUGCGAGGUCAAAAUCAGAUAUAUCAGCUCGUUCCAAUCAGUUGCUGCAUUUACUCUGAAGGAACUGUGUCGUCGAGUGAUAAAGCAAUCAUGUCGUGAAUCCAUACAGCAAAACAACAAUAACAACAACGCAGCGAAGUCUCACAACGACUCUUCAUCAAGUCUACGAAGCAAUUCACCCGAAGACAGUCAGAGGUCAAGGUCAGGUGCAUUCGGGCUGCACGGCUCGGCUUCAGCCUCGAGUAACAACAACAACGCACAACAGACAUCAAAUCAUGCGAAAUCAUACCUUGAAACGAAAGUGGAGACCCUUCCUUUGCCGCUCACUCUAAAACAGUACUUACUAGAAUAAAUUCCGCUCAAAAGUGUAAGUGCUAAUUCACAGAGGCUCGGAGAAGCAAUCAAAAAAGUCAGAACUGGUUUUGUUUAACCGACAUGAUAAUGUUUCAAAAACAAGUGUUUACAUUCCAUUAAGAUGCAUCUUAUUUUUUUGAUUUAUCAAACUUGAAGUGUGUGAAAAAGUAAUUUGUAAACUGCUAUAUGUAGAUACAUAUUUUGAUAUUCAAUGAGAACUGAAUCAUUGAUAUCUAUCCUUGAAGGUGCAAGCUCUAUCAGAGCUUCUUUAAAUUCAGGGCGAAAAAUUUUCUAUGCAUGCCUCUGUUAAAAUCGAACUUUGUUUAAGUUACGAUUUCAAGGUCGAAACUCGCGGCGAAUGCAAUCAGUUGUGCUGUCCAGUUAAUAAUUUAGCUUAGAGAUCUAGUUAUUAGAAUAUUAGUAAAUAGCUUCAUAAUUCAAACAUUUUUAUGAUGUUCUGUGCUUCUAAUUUUUUCCAAAAAGCGAAAAAAUGAUUUUAUUUUGGCUAAUGUUUCAAAAAUAUUGAUGUGGUUUGUUAAAAAUGUACGAUCUUGUUCUGGUGUAAUUUUCUUAAAUAUUGCGCCUUUUCGAGCUGAUUUAUUUGAUAUUUUUUCUGCCUUGUUAGGAAACCAAUGCAAACUUUUGGUUUCCUCGAACUGACCGCUCCUUAAUCAUGUCAUCAAAUGUAAUCCUAUGCGUAGAGAGAUAAGUGUUGUUCUCAUUUCAUAAAAUUUGAAUGGCAUUUUCGUUUCUCAAUUUAGAAUGGAUCGGUAUUUAAUGGUACGAUAGGCAUCUCUUGCGUGUGAUCGAUUUAAAACUAAUGUGCAGUAACUAAAACUUUCCUGUUAAGUUCUUUGAUUGAUAUCAUUUUUUGUCGAACGAGGAAGCUUAAUAUCAUGUCUAUUCUAUGGAAUUAACUUCAGUGUUUUAUCUA